AUGGAGGCGGUGGCGGCGGCGAUGGGUGGCGGUGGCGGCGGUUAUGGGUGGUGGCGGCGGCGGUUAUGGGUGGUGGCGGCGGUUAUGGAUGGCGGCGGUGGCGGCGGCGAUGGGUGGCGGUGGCGGCGGUUAUGGGUGGAGGCGGUGGCGGCGGUUAUGGGUGGUGGUGGCGGCGGUGAUGGGUGGCGGUGGCGGUUAUGGGUGGAGGCGGUGGCGGCGGUUAUGGGUGGUGGUGGCGGCGGUGAUGGGUGGCGGCGGCGGCGGUUAUGGGUGGCGGCGGCGGUGAUGGGUGGCGGCGGCGGCGGUGAUGGGUGGCGGCGGCGGUUAUGGAUGGCGGCGGCGGUGGCGGCGGUUAUGGGUGGAGGCGGCGGUGGGUGGCGGUUAUGGGUGGCACGCGCACAGGAAGGCGUGGGCGUGCUCGGUGUGCUGGGCGUCGACCCGGAAGAGGUGGUCGCGGUAGGGGACCGGACCCAGGCACCCACCUCCUCCUCUGUCCCUGGGGAGCGCGGUGACGAAGAGGAAGAGGAGCUGGGCCAGCCAUGUCUCUCAAGCAUGCCUGCGCUGAAGCUGGGGAGAAGAGGUGCAGGCGAAAAGCAGCAGUUCCACUUCCGGCUGCUCGAGCGGAAGCGGGCACAGGAGCACCAGAGGACCGAAGUCAACGCCGUCCUCUUCAGGAACGGCAAGUUCGGCCACGAAGGGAAGAAGGCCAAGAAGAAGCGGACGCUGGUGCCCGAGGCCUGA